ACCCCGAAACCCACAGAGGUCGCCUAAGUGAUUGCGUUUUGUUCGAUUGCGAAGAAAAGCAUCGGCGACAAACAAUGAUUAUGAAGUUUGUCGGAGUUUCUUGAUUCACUAAUUUCGCUUAUUGUUCUUAGAGAUUGAAAACGAAAAUGGCUGGUGCGUUAAUUGAUUACAAGUUAUCAAGCUGUGCGUUGAGUCGCUCCGUUCGCUUGCGAUCCAAGUCUGAUACUGCUCCGUCAACGUCUUCGCCUUCUUCUUCUUCUUAUCUUGUUCUAUCGCGCUUAUUCGAGCGCCGUUGAUGACCAUGUUCCUCUGUUUUCGACCUUAUUCCGGAUCUCAGUUGCAGGUCCACUUCCAUUACCAGAAUCUUUUCAUUACCGUCGACAACAACGAGCUUUGCGAUAUUCUCCCUUUUCCGCAUGGACCCAGCUGCCGCUCGCCCCGCUGUAGUAAUCGACAGUGGCACCGGAUAUACUAAAAUGGGGUUUGCCGGCAAUGUAGAGCCGUGUUUUAUUGUUCCUAGUGUAGUUGCAGUUAACGAAUCGUUCUUAAACCAAUCGAAAAAUUCGUCGAAAGCGAAUUGGCUUGCGCAGCAUAAUGCUGGUGUAAUGGCAGAUCUUGAUUUCUUUAUUGGAGAUGAAGCGCUGGCUAAGUCGAGAUCUAGUAGUACUUAUAAUCUCAGUUAUCCAAUUCGAAAUGGUCAGGUUUACAAUUGGGAUGCCAUGGAGCGGUUCUGGCAGCAGUGCAUGUUUAAUUAUUUGCGAUGUGAUCCGGAGGAUCAUUAUUUUCUUUUGACAGAGAGCCCCCUUACGGCACCCGAGAGUCGAGAGUAUACGGGUGAAAUCAUGUUCGAGACAUUCAACGUGCCGGGUCUUUAUAUUGCUGUCAAUUCCGUGCUUGCUCUUGCUGCCGGAUAUACUACAUCUAAGUGUGAGAUGACAGGGGUUGUAGUGGACAUUGGAGAUGGGGCUUCUCAUAUUGUGCCUGUUGCAGAUGGCUAUGUUAUUGGGAGCAGCAUUAGGUCAAUUCCCAUUGCUGGCAAAGACGUGACACUCUUUGUCCAUCAGCUCAUGAAGGAAAGAGGAGAGAAUGUACCACCGGAGGACUCUUUUGAAGUGGCCAGAAAAGUCAAGGAAAUGUAUUGCUAUACCUGUUCUGACAUUGUCAAGGAGUUCAAUAAGCACGAUAGAGAGCCAGGCAAAUACCUAAAGAAUUGGAAGGGUAUUAAACCUAAGACCGGCGCGCCGUACUCUUGUGAUAUUGGCUAUGAACGAUUUCUUGGUCCUGAGGUGUUCUUCAAUCCUGAAAUAUAUAGCAGCGAGUUUACCACCCCUUUGCCUACAGUAAUAGACAGGUGUAUACAGUCUGCACCAAUUGAUACCAGAAGAGCAUUGUACAAGAAUAUAGUUCUAUCUGGAGGCUCAACUAUGUUCAAGGACUUCCAUAGGAGAUUACAAAGAGACUUGAAGAAAAUCGUGGAUGCCCGGAUCCUUGCGUCCGAAGCUAGACUAGGAGGGGAAAUAAAAUCGCAUCCAGUGGAAGUCAAUGUUGUUAGCCAUCCCAUCCAGAGAUUUGCCGUCUGGUUUGGAGGUUCUGUUCUUGCAUCAACUCCUGAGUUUUUUGCGGCUUGUCAUACAAAAGCAGAAUAUGAUGAGUACGGUGCAAGCAUAUGCCGAACUAAUCCUGUUUUCAAAGGAAUGUACUGACUUAUUGGAUCAAAUGCUCUGCUGUUUCCCCCUUGAAGAGCAUGCACCUCGGUUCAGUUCGGUUCGGUUCGGUUCGGUUUGGUUAGGUUACGUGCUUCACAGCCGUUCAUAGGUGUAAAAUAUGAUCUCGUUUUCUGUAUAAUUUGUACGAAAUGUGAUUCAUUACUUCAAUUCUUUCAUUGAUGGCCAGGUUUUCUAGUCCAAAUUUAGCUUUUCUCAUGUAGUAGAUGGGCGUUGGGCGUCAAGGAAUGCUAUAAAAUCAUCAGCAUUUCAGUGAAUUUUAGAUGAGCUGAGCUGAGCUGAGCUGAGCUGAAGUUUCUAAAAGAAGUUUAUGUUCUUCUCUUUGUUGUC